AUGGAGCGAUUUCUGGAUUUUGAAGAUAUGCUCAUUCAUAUGAUAUUGGCAAUUUGUAUCGCUGGAGCGGUGGGCAGAGCUGGAACCCCUAGAUCUAAAGACAGUACCGCUGCUGACAUACUAGCCGAUCAAGUUCCAGAUCUGUCAAUUUUGCCAGAAGAAAGGCAACGCGUACUUGGUGCACCUGCUGCAUUUGGAAUUGGGAUAGGGCUUGGAACUAUGUUGUUUGGAGCCGGAGUGGCCGGAUUGGGAUAUGGGGCAUACAAAGUUGCACAAUUUGUGUACGAAAAAUACAAAGCAGCCAGAACUUUUCUCGAAGAGAACUUGCCAAUUAUUGGCUGAUCUGGGCAGAAUUAUGGGCUUUUUCGUCUUCAUUUA